GACGCUCGAAGGUGCCGCUGCCUCGCCCCAUGGCGACCCCGCUCUGGACCGACGCCGCGGGCGCUCCCCCUCCGCAAGCUGGCGCGCCCCCACUUCCGCUUCCGCCUUCCUGCUCCGGCGCGCGCACCCGCACGUCGCCGCACGCGCCCGGGAGCCGCGAGGAGGCCAGGCCUUCCGGGGGCCGCGGGCGCUGGGCGCUGAUUGGGCCGCGUUCGCGGCGGCGGCGGCGGCGAACCCCGAGAACCAAUGUCAGCCCGCAGGCGAGGCCUAUCCAGUGGGAGCGGGGCGGAGGCGGGCCCGCCGCCGUCCGGUGCGGAGCCGCGGUGGCCUGGCGCGGGGUCUGGAUGUGUCUGCUGCUGGGGGCCGCGGGCGUCGGGAAGACGCUGCUGGUGAAACGCCUGCAGAAGCUGAGCUCCCGCGACUGUCGGGGCGACCUGGGGGAGCCCCCGCCGACGCUGCCCACGGUGGGUACCAACCUUACUGACAUCGUGGCCCAGAGAAAGAUUACCAUCCGGGAGCUUGGGGGGUGCAUGGGCCCCAUCUGGUCCAGUUACUACGGAAACUGCCAUUCACUGCUGUUCAUGAUGGAUGCUUCCAACCCCACCCAACUCUCUGCAUCCUGUGUACAGCUCUUGGGUCUCCUUUCUUCAGAACAACUUGCAGAAGCAUCAGUCCUGAUACUCUUCAAUAAAAUCGACCUUCCCUGUUACAUGACCAUUGAGGAGAUUAAGUCACUAAUCAGGCUCCCAGACAUCAUUGCUUGUGCCAAGCAGAACAUUACCACGUUGGAAAUCAGCGCCCGGAAAGGCACUGGGUUGGCCAAGGUGUUGCACUGGCUCCAGGAUGAGCACCGAAGCAACAGGUGACCACAGGGUGGAGAAUUGUGCCGGAGGCAGAGGAUGGCAUUGUUGGGCCUCCACUGGAAUGUUCUUAUGGGUUCAACAAGGAGCCUCGCACGAUAGGGCUCUAUGUGGAGAUGCAGCAGUGGGUCAGCUGAGGCACACAAAACUAGAAGCUCUUGACGACUGGAAGAAAAGACUGUGUCCACGGCUGGGAGAAGAGGACUGCCCUGCUGCUGUCCUGGAUGGUGCUGUGACACAUUUUCCUGCCACCAGGAAAUCUGCUUGCCCCAGGGUAUUUGGACUGCAUAGUGCCACUGAGACCUAGACUCUUGUCUGCAGUAGAAGCUCCAGGCUUCUAGUUUCUCACCCCCGACCGUGUCCCUUAAGACCGCACGGCAUGGUGGAUGAAGUGAGCCCAAGUCAGAAACGAGCUUGGUUCAUUUGUUCAGCAGGUGGCUAUUGCUCUGAGGUGCCCAGAGCAAGCAUAGGUUUUUUCCUAGGCAGGAGGCAAGGAGGGGAUGGAGGCCUGGGGUCUUGGUGUCCUGUCACCUCAGCCAAGCCAGCUUGUGUGAGAAUGCUUACUGUGCUGAUUGGUGUGUCCGUGUGUUCUGAGGCUUCUUAAAACAAAUGACUGGGCUGGGGAUGUGGCUCAAGCGGUAGCGCGCUCGCCUGGCAUGCGUGCGGCCCGGGUUCGAUCCUCAG